AUGGAGACUCUACCAAGACCAUUGGUUGUUCAUGAGUCCUGUGUUGGUCCAAAGGGAAUGCCCAACAGACUAAUGGUCAAGAUUACUCAGCAGAUACUGACAGAUAUUGACAAAUAUAUUCACAGGAAUCCAGGUGAUGGGGAAUGGGAACUGAGGAGUUACUGGGAGAAGAAGAAUGUAUUGGAGUGUAAAAUGAUCGUGGUGUCAUUUCCCAAGAGUACAUCUAGCAUGAUUAAAAGAACUGUGCCUGUACACAGAUACCGUGCAAAGUCAGUGAAGAUGUUUCCCUGUGAUCCAGAGGAAGUUUUUGCAGGUGCCAGUAUGGAUGAUGACUAUAAGAAAGAUGACCACCAUUUUCCAUUAUUGAUAAUAGAAGUGAAGAAAUCUGUACUAUAUUGGCUUCUAUCUUUCCUCAGCAAUAAAUACUGUCCUGAGGAACUCAGAGCCCAAAUGGCAGGAAGGAAUCACACCGUUAUCACUCAGUUCAUUCUCCUGGGACUUUCUGACCUUCCAGAGAUACAAGCUUUAUUCUUCCUGGUGUUUCUAGCUACCUACGUGAUCACUCUGACUGGAAAUCUUCUUAUAUUCACCCUGACAUUGGCUGAUCCUACCCUCCACACCCCUAUGUAUUUCUUCCUCAUAAACCUGUCCUUUCUGGAGAUCUGCUACACCUCGGUCACCCUGCCUAAGAUGCUGGCCAACCUCCUCUCGGAGGAUAAAACUAUUUCCUUCACUGGCUGUGCUGUGCAGAUGUAUUUCUUUCUAUUUCUAGGGGGCACAGAAUGUUUUCUUUUGGGGGCGAUGGCUUAUGACCGCUAUGUUGCGAUAUGCUACCCGUUACGCUAUAUGCACAUUAUGAACAAUACCAGAUGCUCAGAGAUGGCUGCUGUGUCAUGGAUCAGUGGUCUCCUCACGUCCUUGGGACAUACCUCAGUGAUAUUCAGCUUGCCUUUUUGUGGAUCCAAUGAAAUUAACCAUUUCUUCUGUGACAUCCCCCCAGUACUGAAGCUGGCCUGUGGGGUCACUUACAUGAAUGAAAUCGCUGUCUUUAUGGUUGCCCUGCUAUUCAUAACAUUUCCUUUUGUGUUGAUUCUGGUCUCCUACCUUCUCAUCCUCCUGACCAUCCUGAAGAUGCCCUCGGCUCAGAGUAGGCAUAAGGCCUUCUCCACCUGUUCCUCACAUCUUCUGGUGGUAACAUUGUUCUACGGGACAGGGAUUGUCACAUAUAUGUGCCCCAAUUCUGCAUAUACACCAGUUACCAACAAAGUACUCUCUCUCUUCUACACAGUCAUCACUCCCAUGUUCAACCCCCUUAUCUACAGCCUGAGAAACAAGGAGGUGAAGGGGGCUCUCAGGAGAACAAUGGCCAGAAAUUGCUUUCUUAAAGGAAACAAAGCAGCAAAGAAUCCUUUGCAAAAUAUCAAAAUCUACAACAAAUAA